AUCAAAUCCCCAGAAAAAUCUAGCAGUUUCACGACCUUUGAAACUGACACCUGAGUCUCCGACAUCCACACAAGCUCACAGUUUCAAGGCCUCAACCAUUAUAAAUACCAACCGCACCUUCCCUCUUCAACCAUAGAAUUACUGUUAGAAACUUUGUUGGUACCGCUCUUUUCAAAACAAAGUUUCAUCGUUUUCCUCUACCUUUUUCAAAGAUAUCAUGGCACCCCACGGAGAAUUCUCGCCUGGCUUUACAUUCUCCAGGACCAGCAACAACAACGCCAACAGCAACAUGUCGAAGCCACCGAGGUUGUCGUCCGACCACCUCCAGAGGACAAUCUCAGACAUCUCCUUCGAGCUAAGCAAAGAAGGGUUAGAUAAUCUCACGUCUCUCCCACCAAUCUCAGAGGUGGAAGAUGCCAAGUGCGAGUGCUGUGGGAUGAGCGAAGAGUGCACGCAGGAGUACAUAGAGCGCGUGAGGGAGAAGUUCUUAGGAAAGUGGGUGUGUGGGCUGUGUUCUGAGGCAAUCAAGGAGGAAAUAGAGAAGAACGGAGGGAAGAAAGAGGAAGCCCUAAACACACACAUGAACGCGUGUGUUAGGUUCAACAAGUUUGGUAGGGCUUUUCCUGUUUUGUUUCAAGCUGAGGCCAUGAAGGAGAUGUUGAAGAAGAGCAAGAUGGAAGGUAAAGUUAGGGCUAAGUCCAUUAGCCCUAGAGAUCACAAAGCUGGCCCCAACAAAGUUGGCGCCAUUGCUCGUAGUUCAAGCUGUAUCCCAGCACUUACAAGAGAGAUUAAUGAUCUCGCAAUCGCCAAUUAAGUCAUGAUGUUGGCCAGUUUCUGUAUGUGUACGAAGAACCUAUGCUCCUAUAGAUCUGACUGACACUUCAAAUCUUCUACUCCUAUAGUACUACCUCCCGUCUUUAAUAUAAGAUUUAGUUUGUGGUUUAAAUUACAAACUAAAUCUUAUAUUAAAAGCCGAUGGUAGUAUAAUUUUGUUGUGUUCCAGGAUCUUUAUGAGUAUUUUCGUUCUUCAUAGGAAAAUGAGGGACAUGUGGUUUUGUAGCUUAGUUAACCCAAUCCCUUUUUUAACUAACUAUUUUAAAUUUUUUGAACUCUUUUCGUAUGAAACCUCCUUCAGCAGUCAUAUGGAUAUCUCAAAGCAGUUAGGUAUCUGUUUUUUUGGGGAUAAACUAGGGUUAUAUAUCACUCAUUCAUUAGGGUUGUGAGUUUUUUUUUUAUCUGGAUUGUUCCCAUGAUUAAAAUUGGAGGGUUUUGUAUUUGCUUCUUUCUCGUGUGUUUGUAUCCAAGUAUAUAUUACAGACUCUGUGUAAGUCAUGUACUUAUAAUGAGGAAUAAAGUCCUUUGACGUUAUGCAUA